CUAAUUCUAAUAAAAACAAAAACUAAUGUAAUAUAUAAAUGAAAAAUGUCUUCCGAGUAUGACUGCAGUCAGUGCUCAAGUCCUGGUCCAAAUCAUCAGUUCUCCAAUCUGAGUCUGACUUGAGGCAGAGUCCUGGACUCAAGUACUAAACCACAGUCACUGUCAGUACACAGCCAAGCAAAGUGUAAGGUAAGGUAGAAUUAGGUUAGAUGAUGUAGCAAAACAAAUAUUUGUCACGGAUAUAGGAUGAGAUCACAACUCAUUUCUUGUAUUCUGACUAUGUUCUCUAGGUCUGUGCAUGAUUCCCUGCUGUACUCUACUAUAUGGACAGAUGACAUAGAGAUGAGUCAGGCGGAGCAGGUGCCCGAGGACACGCCUGCAUACCUCAAUGACGAAUCAGAAGCUGCAGACAACAACAAGGGCCACCCACAGAAACAGCCAGGCAUGUUUGGCUGGGUUGUGGGGGGCAUGUACGGUGCCACCAAGGGAGCUGUAGGAGCAACAGUGGGUGGUGUAGCCUGGAUAGGGGGAAAGAGUCUGGACCUGACCAAGAGUGCUGCCAGCACUGUAGUUGCUGUCCCCGCCAUGGGAGUGGGCCUGGUUAAAGGAGGAGUGUGCGCUGUUGCUGGAGGUGUGUCGUCUGUCGGUUCUGCUGUGGUCAGCAAAAUUCCCAUCGGUGGUGGAAAAAAGAAGGACAAGUCUGACUGACAGGAAGUGGAGGAAAAUGAACGCACACACCUGAGUUGUGUGAUCUGACCUGUUUCUAGGAUUCACGAGCUGAUAAGUGUGCGGGGUCUGUGCUUUGUUCCAUUUCUUCUUUGUAUUUUAUGUGAUUUUGAUGGAAAACCCACAUUAAUGCAUCUAGUUCUAUGUGAUGUGGACCCACAAAGCAAGACUUUACAAAGACUCUGUUAAAGGAAAACAUUAUCACCUGUGCCUGAAAUAGUUUUUGUGCGUGCGUGUGUGUGUGUGUGUGU